GAGAGGCCUAGGCCCAGCCCUGGGGACAUUGCAGCUCAGCCUGGGAUGUGUGCAGGGCUGCAGCACGGAGCGAUGACAAGGGAGGGGCAUUUACAACAUCACACGUUAGUAACAGCAUAGGUGUGUGUGUGUGUGUGUGUGUGUGUGUGUGUGUGUGUGUGUGUGUGUGUGUGUGUGUGUGGAGCUGCCGAUCUCUCGCACAGAGUCAGCCAGGACUCCUCCUGACACAAGCCUGAUACCGACGGAAAGAGAGGGAAGCGGGACAGACAUUUCACAGCGUGAUGGAAGCUGCAGAACUAGUGGCACUUGGUGCACUGUAAAGGAUUCCCUCGUCCAGGUGACUACAGAGCAGGAAAUAAUGGCUGAUGAUCAGAGGCGGCGGAUGUCAGUCGUGCAGGGCGACAAGAGCACCUGGGUCACCCCAUCGUGUCUUACUGAGCUCCUCCAGCUGAGAUUCUGCUACCCACUGGCUCCUCUGGUGGUGGGGAAUACGUUUAUCGGACCCCAGGUUAACCUGACAGGGUCGUAUUACCCAGUUAUCAUCUCCCCUGCCCGGGUUCCGGAGCUGAGCAUUGUGCAUUUUGCUGAGAAAGGUAUCACUAUUGGAGCAGCAUGCAGCCUCGCAAUGGUACGAUCCAUUCUCUCCGAGGCCGUGUCUCAGCUACCGGAGGAGAAAAACAAGAUCUUCCGCGUCAUUCUCCAGCACCUGACAGUGAAGCACAUAAGAAGCGAAUCAUCUCUUGGAGGGAACAUUUUAAGUGGAAGUUGUACCUGGGAUCUAAACCCUAUUCUGGCUGUUGGAAACUGUACCUUUAAUCUCGCAUCAACAGAACGGAGACGUCAGGUCACGUUGAGGCAGCUGCUGUUUGAUGAAUCUGGAACCUCAGCUUUGAGGCCUGAUGAGAUUCUAAUCUCAGUCAAUAUUCCGUUCUCUAAGAAGUGGGAAUUCGUGUCGGCGUUCCGGCAGGUGCAGAGCUGGGGAAGUACAGGCCCUGCCCACAUCGCUGCGCUGAGGGUCAUGCUGAGAGAGGGCACAGACUUAAUUCUUUCCAUGAACAUCUAUUAUGGGGGCUCAGAAUCUGCCUGUGUGUUUGCAAACAGCGUCAGCGAGCGACUUGUCGGUAGGCGCUGGAAUGAAGCGAUGCUUGAUGAAGCUUGUAGAUUAUUCUUGGAAGAGAUACCUCUACAGGAAUCGCCCCUGGUUCCGAUGUUGGAUUACGAGAGAACUCUGACUAUCAGCUUCUUGUUCAAGUUCUACCUCCAAGUGUCAAAGGAGCUAAAGAAAGAAAUCCACUUUCCACACAAUGACGCCUCUGACAUUCGCAGCGCAAGAUCCGCAUCAAGCAACAAAACGAACACAACAAAAGACUUGCAGGAGAGGAUGUCCAACGGCUUCCAUAUUGACCAAGAUGAAGUCCAGAGUCAUCUAUAUGAUGAAGACAAUGAGCAGCCGUCAGUGCACAAAGCAGUGCUACACACCAUUGUGGAAGAGGAGUGUGAGGAUGGUGACACAUCAGCUGUGGAAGGAGAAUAUUUUCUGGCAUUAGUGACCAGCCGCCGGCAUCAUGCUAAGAUCACGUCCAUACACACAGAGGAAGCACUGAAAGUGCCCGGGGUGAUCGAUGUGGUGACUUCUGAAGACGUCCCCGGAUUAAACAACCCGGAUUUGCUUGCAGCACAUGAGGUGACCUACAUUGGGCAGGCAAUUUGUGCGGUGGUAGCAAAUACCCAGAACCACGCUAACCUGGCAGCGUCACGUGUACGAAUAGUCUAUGAGGACCUACAGCCUGUUUCUCUAUCUAUUCAGGAUGCCAUUAAACACAAUUCAUUCUUCGAGCCAACGAGAACAUUGGAGUAUGGAAAUGUGGACGAAGCUUUUAAUAGUGUGGAUCACAUUCUGGAAGGUGAGGACUAUAUAGGAGGACAUAAUGAUCUUCACCUGGAAGCACAGACUGUACGUGCAUUACCUGGAGCAGAGGAAUAUGCAAUGGAGGUGUUUGUAUCCACACAGGAUCCAGCAUCAGUACAGGAGGCUGUAGCAUCUGCCAUUAGCGUUCCCUCGGAUUACAUCCUGUGUUGUGUGGAGAGACGGCAAGGCUUAGCGCACUCGCACACUGCAUCGCAGGCCGCCAUCACUGCUGUAGCUGCUCACAAAAUCGGUGAAGCUGUGAGCUCAGUGGUAGAGAACAGGGUAAAGUCACCUGUGCUGAGGCAUCAGCCGGCGUUCUACGGGAAGUACAAGGUGGGGUAUAUGGAUGAUGGCCGCAUUGUGGCGUUGGAUGUCACCUAUUACUGCAAUGCUGGGCAUAGACCAGAUGAGUCCUUCAAGGUGCUGACCACGUCCCUGCUGAGCGCACUGAAUGCUUACAGCGUCCCCAACAGCAGGUGCAGGGUCGUAGCCUGCAGGACAAAUCUGCCAGCCAGGGCGUUCUGCGCAGGAUACGGCUUCGCACAGGCGGCGAUGCUGGCAGAGAUUUGGGUGGACGCAGUAGCAGACAGGUGUGGAGUGCCGCCAGAGAAGGUCCGACAUUUAAAUCUACACAGAGAAAACAGUGUGCUGCCGUUCGCACUGGAGUUUGAUGCAAGCAACUUAAUAGCAUGCUGGGAUGAGUGUAUGGAGAAGUCGUCUUACCAGCAGAGAUUGGCUGCCGCAAGGGAAGACGACAAGCAAUGUACCUGGAGGAAGAGAGGGUUUUCCAUCAUCCCUGUCAUGUUCCCUGCCGGGUUCAUUGCGGAUUCCCUGAAUCAGACAUCUGUGCUGGUUCAUAUAUGUAUAGAUGGAUGGGUGCUGGUGACACCUACUGGAGAGGACAUGGAACAAGCGACUCUAAACAAAAUGAUGCAGGUGGCUAGUCGGGAGUUGCGAAUCCCGAUUGCCUAUAUCCGCAUUGGUGAAAGCAGUUCUGCUGUUGCGUCAGAUCCCGACAGCAUAGCACAAUCUUGUGGGGAUACAGUCCAUGUGAUGGCGGUACAGGAAGCGUGUCAGACCCUUCUCCAGCGCCUGCAGCCGAUCAUCAGUUUGAAUCCAGAAGCCACGUGGAGGGAAUGUAUACAAGAAGCUUUUCACCGGAGAAUCUGCCUCUCAGCAGCAAAUCACUACAGGGUCCCAGACCCAGUCUCAACCUCCGACUGGAAGGAGGGGACAGAAAGUCCGGAUUUUAUAUUUGGCGCAGCAUGUACUGAAGUGGAGCUAGACUGUCGCACAGGAAGGCACAAGAACCUAAGAACAGAUAUUGUCAUUGAUGUUGGCUCCAGCGUCAAUCAGGCUGCGACCAUUGAACAGGUCACAGCUGCCUUUAAGCAAGGAUUGGAACUUUACACAAAUGAAGAUAUUAAAUACUCCCCGCAGCCGCCACUUAGAGGUGCCCAGGCCAACCAGGAGGAGGCCGUGAGCGGCAGAGCGCAACCCGACGAGCUCAAUGUAACUCUGCUUCCAUCGUCUCCCAUACUCCAUGUGGGAUGUUUCCCCAAGGCUGUUGAAGAGGUAGCAACCUUUCUUGGUUCCUCUGUGUUCUUUGCCAUAAAGGACGCUGUGCUGGGUGCCCGACAUCACAUAGGUCUGCCCGGUACCAUCCUUCUUCCAGUGCCAAUCAAGCCCCAAGAUAUCCAGAUAGCUUGUGGAAACCACCUGGUGGAAACGGAAAAGACUUCAGACACAGAGGAACUGACUUUACAAAACCACGUAGCAGAAACUUGAUUUCCAUACGUAAUCAUUAAAGUACCAUGAAAGCGUGACGGUCAGUUGUGGCGCCUAUAAGCAAUAGCUUAUGCCCUGAGAUUGCUGGGUAAGCGCAUUGGACGUACUCUGGGGGCAAAUAUUACAUUACAGAAAGGGUGGUGGAUUCAUAGCGUAACUUCUCACCAAAGGUGGCAAUGGCUAAUUCUGUAAAGGAUUUUUUAAAAUUGAAAAUAAAAAUGGUAUUUAUUAGAACUUUCAUAAACUACAGCAUGUUUCAUAGUACAAUGGUAUUCGUGCAUUCCUGUGUUGUCAGCUGUCUCCCAGAGCUCAGAUGGGUGGUUACGGGCGGUGUGACCUACUGUAGGCGCUUUCCCAGAGUCAGAGGCAUCUGAGUCAUUUUAUAGCUUUUAUCGCAGCUUUUGUAAUGGCAAAGUUUACAAUAAAAGUGUAAAAUGUUUAAAAAAACAAUCAAUUAAUGAUUACAGUUUGUAUUGAUUAAAACGUGAAGUGACAGCCCCGGGGGUGACAGCAAUGUAUGGGCCAGAUUCUGAGCCCCACGGAAUGACGAUAGUCACGUACUGUAGUUGAGCAUUUUUUGGUAUAGAACGUGCGUAAAACCUAAAAAAACAACAACCUCCAAGUGUUACAAAAUGCCUAUGCACAAGGCGCUGUUGCGAUCAGGAGGCACAGUAUCAGAAAUGUCUUGGAGAAGUGAUGAGAGGUGACUGGGAGGUGGUUAAACAGACACAUGGAGGCUCAGCAGUAAUGGCGUUACCCAGCAAUAACAACAUGGAGCAAUAAAGACGUGGCCCAGCAAUAGCGACGUGGCCCAACAAUCGCGACGUGGCCCAGCAAUAGUGACGUGGCCCAGCAAUAGCGACGUGGCCCAGCAAUGACGACGUGGCCCAGCAAUGACGACGUGGCCCAGCAAUAGCGACGUGGCCCAGCAAUAGCGACGUGGCCCAGUAAUGACGACGUGGCCCAGCAAUGACGACGUGGCCCAGCAAUGACGACGUGGCCCAGCAAUGACGACAUGGCCCAGCAAUAACGACAUGGAGCACCAAUAACGACGUGGCCGUGGCCUAGCAAUAAUGUUAAAAGGUGCCCCAAGGCUUUAUGGUAGAGCCACCCUUACUUCUCUCCAUUCCCAUUCUCUCCCUUUCCUUCAUAUCGCAUACCCCUUUUACUAAAAACCCAAGUUAUUGCCAUGAUACCCCGGGAGUGCUUGCAGGAUUGGUCCCGGGAAUGUCGCAGGUCGUCGGGCAGUGUGAACGGGUUAGCUGGGGCCUUAUUCAGCUUCACUUGCAAAAUCGCAAAUUGGCUGAUUAUUGGCGGACUGCGCAUGUGCAUUGCGCACGCAUCAGAGCCGCAAUGUGAAUGCAGGCCCAGCAAGGUGGGAUCACAUAGCGAUUGCCAGAAAGUGCCCGUUUGUUGGAGGUUACAUGGUGUUGUGGGGAGUGGUUGGAAAAAUACAGGUGGAUCAUGGCCAAUUUCGGGGCUUGUAUCUGACUGCAAUGCAUUGCGACUAAAAAAAUGUCACCGGUGUGACUGAAUUCUCAUUAUUUUGAGUAGCCCUGGGUCAACUGCAUCUGUCGAUGGUACUCGAAUUCUGCGUAUGCAUCGCAAUUAUACCCUCAUUUGCGAAUGCAUCGGUGGCCGUCUUUUUCCUUCCUGGGUGGCUCUUCACAUGCGUUCAAGUAUUAGGAGAUGAUUCUAAUGCAUAAUAUGACUGUAUACGUACAGUGCUUAAUAGAAAAACUUCCAGAAAUCUAUAUAAUGAAAUUGAGUGCUGAUAAAAAUGAUGUCAUCAAGUUUGAAUAUAAUUGCAGUUGGUAUGACAUCUGACCCCUCCCACCAGUGUCAGAGAUGCACAGGAGACAGUGGGGAAGUGGUGCUAGAUACAGUGGGGAGGGAGAAGGAGAGGUGAGGAGAAAGUGUUGGGAGAAGAGAAAGAGCUGAUGGUUGAAACAGGAAGAAAAAUAAAUAAAAGCCAUGCAAGAAGAAACAGUUCAAGGCUGCCAAUUACCGGAAAUUCAUAACUACACAGGAGAAUGAAUAAGGGAGACAAGCAAUAGGAUGACAGCAAGUUUAAUGCAAAGAUAAAAUAUAUGAAAAUAAAUCUGGU